AUGUCGCAUAUGGGCGAGGACGAGGUCGCGGUCACACAGGGAAGCGCAGAUGGUGUACAUGGAGCUGGCACCUUGGUGGAGGACGUGCACACGGCCAAUGGUCCCUACACAGAGGUAUGUGAGACCAUGUGCGAGACAGUGGUGAAGUUUUCNGUACCAGUGGUG